AUGGAGCUGAACGAAGAGUUCACUCUAGACACGGGAACAGGGAGAGAUGAACAAGAUUUUCCAACUUUCGGUAAUGUCCAGGUGGCACUAGAGACUCCAGGUCUUUUGGAUACUCUGUAUUUCCGAGAAAAACCAACAUGUGACAUUGCACUUGACGUCGAUGAGGUUGAGAUUGAGGACUAUGUCAUUGCAAUGGGCAACUUUGAAAGUGUCAAGUCGAGCAACGAGAGCACUGGUAUUAUUUCUAGGGUUGGAGAGGACGUCACUCACCUCCAGCCUGGCAACAAGGUCAUAUGCUUGGAGCGCGGAUACUACGACACCUUCCUUCGCAGCCCGGUACAGAAGUGCCUCAAACUCGAAAAUGAUGCCGACCUUGUAGAGAUGGCUACCGUGGGAAUUGCCUGUGGGACUGCAAUAUAUGCGCUAGACUAUCUAGCCCAUUUAGAAGUCAACGAAACAGUGUUGAUUCAGGCUGCCACCGGUGGUUUGGGGCUUGCGGCCAUCCAAUAUGCCGAGACUAUCUCAUCUGUGUGCGGAAUUCCCGCAAAUCAUAUCUUCUGGUCCCGAACUCUAGAGUUCAAGGAUGAAAUACUGAAGCAGGCACGAUGUCGCGGUAUUGAUGUUGUCCUUUCAACCAUCUCUGGCCCCGGGUUCCACGAGAGCUUAAAAUGCCUAGCACCAUGUGGAAGGCUUAUUGAUGUUGGACGUGGAAACGUCUUGGACAAGGGCAAUAUGGGGCUGAAUGCUUUUGAUCGGAGCAUCAGUUUCUUCUCCUUUGAUCUCAACUUUGUCCUGGAGGAGAAACUGAGAAUUGCCGAACGGCAAGAAUCCCAAACAUUAUUUCAGGGCACUUUCUUUGACUCUAUGACUCUGGAACAAUUCAACACUGCCAUUCGUCCCAAGGUAAACGGCGCCAUAAACCUACAUAAUGCCACCAUUAAUGUCAACGCGAAUCUCGAUUUCUUCAUGACGAGCUCAACAGUCACAUACGUUGGUCACAUCUCGCAGUCCAACUAUGCAGCAUCCAACGCGGUGCUAGAUAACCUAGAACGGCAGCGCAUCAGCAAUGGCCUACCAGCAGCCACAGUCUCACUGGGGCCGAUCAAAGGCGUGGGCACGCUGAACCGCAACCCCGAGUAUGCCGAGAACCUGUUGCGGUCGGGGCUGAUUGAAGCCGAAGAGUCAGAGUUUAUCCGGCACUUCAACCGCUUCACGCACCCGCAGCUCAAGUCAAAGCACUUUGACAGUCUCACGCAGGGUCACAUUCUCACUGGAGAUCGCCGCUCAGCGCUGCUAGUCACAACACUCGAGUCGCGCAAAGCUGCCGGCAGCAGCGGUGGUGUGAUAGUCGAUGCCAGUGGUGAUGACCUACUGAUACCCGAAAUUUCUGAUGACCGCGACAAGGCAGUCAUCGUACUGGCAGAGGCUGUUUCACAGCGGCUGGCCAAGCUCAUGUUCAUCUCCAUCGAGGACAUCGAUAUCAGCCGUCCAUUUUCUCAUUUUGGUCUCGAUAGUAUGUCCGGCAGCGAGCUGAUCCAUUGGCUGAGCCAAAAUUUCGGUGUGGGCAUGUCAUUUUUGCAACUGCUGGCUCCCUCGUGCUCGCCCAAGAGUCUAGCAGGGACUAUCUUUGAUGCCCUUGAGAUGAAGGCAGCUGCGGCAGAAAUCUCAGCCCUGGUUAUCGUGGGUGGCACGUCUCACGAAUCUCCAAACGAAUCUCUUGUGUCUAAUGGCGUGAACGGUUCCACUGGUAUGAAUGGUUCCAGUGGUAUAGAUAGUGGUUCGGCUGGAUCUCAGAUGGAAAAGUUCUCUCGGUCAGUAAGAAGAGCAAUUGCCGAUUCAAAGCCAGUCAUGCAUUCUUAUGUAUGCUCAGUCGUCAACAAGAAGGGUGAACAACUCUAUACACUGUCCAAAGGCACAUUGUCACAGGAUUCCAGUACGAAAGUUGACUUUGACGCGGUAUACGGAAUGGCCUCUCUCACCAAGCUCAUGACCACAGUCGCCAUCAUGAUUUGUGUCGAUCGCGGACAGAUCUCCCUCGAUGAUGAUAUAGCUCCAAUCCUUCCGGAUCUGUGUGCUCCCCCGGUUCUGUAUGGUGUCGGUUCGGAGGGCCGAUGCUUGAUAAAACCCCGGACUAAGACCAUUACACUUCGAUUGCUAAUGAGCCAUCAAAGUGGCUGUGGUUAUCAUUCAAAUCCUCCGCUGGCGAGAUGGGCGAGACAGAAUGGCAAGACUAACAGCGUCUUUGACAAUGACUUUGAAAUCAUGAAGACCUAUCCACUCCUCUUUGAGCCCGGACAAGGCUGGAUGUAUGGCUCUGGGACCGACUGGGCCGGCGAGGCCAUCGCACGAAUGAACAAUACCACCCUCGAGGAGUUUAUGCGAUCUAACGUCUGGGAGCCACGGUCUGUGGUCAACACCGCGCGACUGGACAAAGUUCCUCGGCAUGGUGCUCGCGGACGGUGGAUCCAUACUCUCCAAAGCCAGCGUCGAUGA